AUGUUUGGCGCGAAUGGUGCAAAUGGCGGCUCCUCACUUUUCGGAGUAAGUGGAAGUACUUCCACGCCGACUUCCAAAGUUGCCUCUUCUGAAAAUACGUAUCAGCCAAGACAGAAGACGUCAUCGGGAGGACUUUUCGGUUCUGGCAGUGGUAUCGCUAAUGGGGUGUCAACACCGAGCCCUUCUGGUGGGUUGUUUGGCAACAGCAGCGGUAACAAUGCACAAACUUCAGCAAACAUAUUAGGAAUGAACAAUCCAAAUUCUGGUUCCGGUAGUCUAUUCGGAAGCAAUCCUACGAGCAACAAUUCAAUUCAACAGUCUGGCGGACUUUUUGACUCAACCUCUGCUGCAAAAAGUUCCGCAGGCGCUACUAAUGGCUUAUUCGGCCAGACAAACGACAAUAAAAAUAAUACAAUCAGCGGUGGGAACUCUCUCUUUGGCUCGUCUGCCAAGACUAACACUAAUACAGGAGGCUUAUUUGGAAGCUCAACUGCAAAUGGACUUUUUGGCGGGAGUGGUGGGCCCACUAAUUCUGGUGCACCUUCUGGCGGCGCAGCAAGUGGCACUUCCGGGGGGCUCUUCUCAAACAAGCUAUCAAAUGCUGGAGGGUUUGGUUCGAACACCGCAGGAACAACGGCAAGUGCAGGUUCGCUUUUUUCCGCUUCAUCGUCACAGCAAAGUCAAAAUGCAAGCUCUUUGGGGAGCAAUCCUUAUGGGCUUCAAUUAAACAGUAUCUCGGGAAACAUGCCACCUAUGCCUGAUUCCAUUACCUCCAAGGUUUACAAAAAGGAGCAAUCUUCAGAAAAAAAGAACAACAGUGAAAAGUCUCAAGACUCCAACAUCUUCUCUUCUAAUUAUCCCACUUCUUCCAAUUUAAAAAGCAGUACUACGUUGAUAGGUAAACUAAGUUCCACUUUGAAGAGUGCGCGAAGAGCACAGCCCACGCAGGGAUUAUUUUCACCAGCGAGUAAAUCCAUUCUGCGGCAGGAACUCAGUAACCACUCGGGGGAUGACUUAAAACCUACUGAACGAAAAGCAUUUACCAACUCAACGGGCACGGAGUCUCAAAAUGCUGCAAAGGGCUCAAAUUUGCGCAAACUAAAAAUCGACACGAAUAGAAGCGCUUCGAAGAAGCUCAAACUCUUGAAUGGAUCGAGCAAACCUACUUCCAUGAAGGUUCUGGCGCAGAGAAAUCCAAUUUCGGGGAAAGAGACUCUUCAAACGGAGAUGAACCACACACCGGCGGAAGAAGCAACAGUAACAAGAAAUGUGGAGAACGACCAGAUUAUAGGGAAGAACUCCUCAGGAUCUGGUUAUUGGUGUUCGCCAUCUAUUGAUCAGUUGUUACAACUCCCUAUCAAGCAACUCUGUAGUGUUCCGGAUUUUGUCAUUGGACGACAGGGUUUUGGUUCUAUAUCAUUUGAGAAUGAUGUUGACCUAAGCUCUCUCAUUGAUGAUUUGGAACACAACUUGUUCGGGGACAUUGUGCGUUUUCAUAAAAACAGAACCGUUGAAGUAUACCCGGACAACACAUCGAAACCUUCAUUUGGUUAUGGGCUGAAUGUGCCAGCAACUAUCACUCUGGAAAAAGUUUUUGCGUUGGAACAGGGUUCCAUGGUCCCCAUAACGGACUAUAAUGCGAAGGAGGUUCAGCUUCUCAUCAAAAGGCUCAAAAUGCAAAAAGGAAUGGCAUUUAUCUCAUAUAACCCACACGGAGGUCUUUGGACUUUUCGAGUACAACACUUUAGCAUAUGGGGGUUAGUUGAUGAGGAAGACCAAAACGAAGAUCAAAAUCACAAAGCUGGUCUGAGCGACCGCAAAGUCGCAUAUCCAAAAAACAAGGUCUUGAAUAAAGCAUUGCCAAAUUAUCCAAAUUUGGAGAGCACUGGGGCUCGGUCAUUGGUAACAGGAACCACUAAUACAUCAAAAAAGAUCCUCCGCUCUUUUAACUCGGAAGACGUAUCUAUGCUGAAUCUAAUUGACGAAAAACAGUAUGAACCGUCCGAUGUCAACGAGGAGGAUUUUUACCAUCUAGAAGUCCAUUCAAGACUGUCUGUAUCAGAUGAUUGGGACGUGCAGCUGAAGCUGGCUGGUGCUACUGCCAACUCGGUCUUUGCUUCCACUGAAAAGCCGCAUAGUGAUACAUUGUUUCCAUCUCUAGAGGCCGACCUAAAGAUGCGCAAAGACAUUAAAACAACGCUUCGCAUUCAAGGACCUAUUCCUUUCGUGAAAUUUUCAUCCGAUUCGAAGUUAUUGGUCAACUCCUCCAAAAGUACCGAUGGCUUCAAAAUCGUUCCUGUAAUAAGCCGUGAUCACUAUCGUGAUCAAAAAACUAGUGAAACCCUUGAGGCCUGCAUUCCUCGGGCAAACAUUGGGUCGCGUCCAACUAACGGAUAUCCUCUUGUAUCGCGAUGGUCUGUUACUGUUGAAGAAAUUGGAAAUUUGAUUAGUGGCGGCAAUGAAACGACACUUUGGAGUCUUAUCUCUGUUCUAUUUGACACGCAAAACCCCGUCGCGGACAGUGAAGAUAACGAUUUACGCGAGCAGACAAGAUACAAAAAGCUAUGUUACUGGGUGGCUCAGCAGAUAAUUGCGAUCCAUGGAAUGAGCGUAGCUGAGAGUCCGAAUGCAAGUCUGUUUCAUAGCUUAGUCGUUGGUGAUGUGAUAGGCGCCACAAAGCUGGCGAUAAAAACGAGAAAUGCACAUCUUGCUGGAUUGAUAAGUCUACUAAAAGUGCAGAAUGGAAAUGUCAAUUUCUUAGCCCGUGAGCAAUUAAGAACCUGGAACUCGCUCAAUAGAACAGUCGAGCCUUUCAUCAUCAAAAUAUACCAUCUGCUAGCAGGCGAUCUUCUAGAUUCAGAGAGUUCAGGGAUAAUUUCAAAAGAGCACACUUGGCUAGAGUGCCUAUCCAUUCACCUUUUGUAUGGUGAUCUCAAAACUCUAUCGCUGAAAGAGAUUAUUACAAAAUUCAUUCAAAAGCCUUUCAAGGGCGGUAGAUCCGAAUCCGAGGAGGUCAUAUUCCGCAUCCUAAGAUUUUUUUGUUCAGAAGAAAGAGACGAAAAGCUUUUAGAAAGUGCCCACAUUUCGCAAGAUACACAAGAAAUUUGGUUCGUCAUGCAAGCUCUUCGCUUCAAGCAAGUCUGCCAAUUUUCUAAUGAAAAAACGGAUAAAAUUACCAAUAACUUCGUGCAACAACUCGUGGCCAAAGGCCUUUUCUCCGAGGCUCUUUUCUGUUCACUUUUUACCCUCAAUGAUGAUCUCGCUAAACAACAAAUUGACGCAUUGAUAUCAAAACAUCUUGAGUUUUUCUCUCAGCGGUCCUCGCAAAGACUUUUGAAGGUCUUGAAAGUGCCGCCUUCCUCUUUUUUCAAUGGCCGGGCCCUUCAUGCAAAGUAUGCUGGUGAUUAUUUAGGGGAAGCCGAAAAUCUCUUGGAAGGAGGACUUAUUGAAGCGGCCGCAAAAUGCAUUUCAUUGAAAGUUGGGCCCGAGCUGGUAUUGAAAGGAUGCCACGACCACAAGAGCUUGGCAAGGCUGAAGGACCUUAUUCAAAGGGUGCUCGAACAGCGUAUCACAGUUCCGCAAAAAUACCUCGUUCUAUUUCUGAAUUACACAAAUUUUAUUUUGGAAGACAACUUUGAAAAGGAGCAAGGUGAAAAAAUCAUUCAAACACUCCCAGCUUACUACACAGAAUAUGGUCACUUCGAGAAGGCAUCCAUUUGCUGUUCCAUGAUAUCCAGCAGUAUAGCAUUGGCCUUUCUAGAAUGGCACGCUGAUACAACUAGCGCUACAGAUCUUACCGACAAGUUACUGACAUUGCCUAUGGGUGAACCUGAAUUAACUUUUAUCAGAAGAAAAAUCGAGUCUAGGGCAAACUUGAAAUAA